GCGGUUUAGGGCGACUUUCUCGGUCGUCGGUCGGGAGCUACUCGCAGUGCCCAGCGCCGUCAUGUCUGGUCGUGGCAAACAGGGAGGCAAGGCCCGCGCUAAGGCCAAGUCCCGCUCUUCCCGCGCUGGUCUGCAGUUCCCCGUGGGGCGUGUGCACCGGCUGCUGCGCAAAGGCAACUACGCCGAGCGGGUGGGGGCCGGCGCGCCCGUGUACAUGGCGGCCGUGCUGGAGUACCUGACCGCCGAGAUCCUGGAGCUGGCGGGUAACGCCGCCCGAGACAACAAGAAGACGCGCAUCAUCCCUCGUCAUCUUCAGCUGGCCAUCCGCAACGACGAGGAGUUGAAUAAGCUGCUGGGCAAAGUGACCAUCGCCCAGGGCGGCGUUUUGCCUAACAUCCAGGCCGUGCUGCUGCCUAAGAAGACGGAGAGUCACCACAAGGCAAAGGGCAAGUGAGGCCGGCGCUUGGCGCCCACCCAGCCCCCCGUUUCGAAGAGGCAGUACUUGUGAAAUCAAAAGGCUCUUUUCAGAGCCACCCACUCUUUCAAAUAAAAGAGCUGUUGACAGUA